AUGUCACUUAAGAUCGUCUCUGAUGAGGAUAAUCGAGAGCGUAUGUUGCGUGGGGAGCUUUAUCACCCGAUGAAAGAAGGCCUUAUACAGCUCCGAGCCAAGGCUAAGGUGUGGUGUAGGCAGUAUAACCAAACCGACGAUGAUGCAACUGAUUUCAUUCAAGUUAGAGAGCGACUUUUGAAAGGCGCUCUGGGUAGCUGUGGCAAAAGCCCUUUCAUUGAGCCGCCCUUCCGCUGUGAUUAUGGCUCCAAUAUAUAUAUCGGUGAUAACUUCUAUUCCAACUACGAUCUUGUCAUACUUGACACAUGUCCUGUCCGGAUCGGGAACAACGUCUUCCUCGGGCCUGGUGUGAAUCUAUACGCUGCGGACCAUCCGAGGGCAGCCUCGGCGCGUAAGCAUCUCAUAGAAUAUGGCGCACCAAUUACGAUAGGAGAUGACGUGUGGAUCGGAGGCCGUGUUGUGGUCAUCCCAGGAGUCACCAUCGGGUCAGGUUGCAUUAUAGGGGGUGGCAGUGUUGUUACCAAGGAUAUUCCCCCUGGCAUGAUCGCAGCUGGGAAUCCAUGUAAAGUGAUCAAAGCGGCCCCCAUAGAGCCAACUGAGCAAGAGAAGAAGUUCCUUCUGGAUAACGGCAUCAUCUAG